AUGGCAGGCCUCUUCUGGAGGCAGUUUGCGAUACUCUGCUGGAAGAACGCGGUCGUUCUCAGCAAGCAUCCAUUGCUGAACAUCCUUCGCGCUUUCAUCCUGCCAAUUGCCUAUGGGAUCUUCCUUGCGGUGGCGCAGUCCUUCUUGGUCAAGACGAAUAACUAUGGCAUCGGCGAACCGCACCCUAUCUUCCCUCUAUCUUCUCAAUUCGACGGCUCCCUCACCCUAGUAUGGGCGGACGCAACGAACGGCUCUGCGUCCCCUUCCCCCACCGACAUCAUGUCGCGUGUGACGAGCAACUUCUCUCCCUCGCAGCUAGAUGCUGUCAAGAAGGUCGCUUCCCCAGAUGACAUCCCCGCAACCUGCCCAGAGAACUUCAACCUGUUUUCCGAGUGCUUUGCCGCGAUCGAAUUCCAUGACCCGAUACCUACCAACAUCUCUGCAAGUGUGGUCAAUUACACGCUUCGUGCGGAUGUGAGGCGAGUACGGUGACGCGGAGAGCGGGCCGGGCUCGGCUCACGGAGAUGAUGAAGAAGAUUCCCACGAG